AUGGCGGACCAAAAUAUUUCGCAGUACAAGUACUCGGCGAUGUCCAACCUGGUUCUCCAGGCGGAUCGUCGUUUUAUCAGUCGCACCCAUGACGAACCCACUGGAGACCCGGAGUCCCUCGCGGGUCGCAUUGGGAUCCGCGAGAUGGGCGCACGAGUCGCGCGUGAGGACGCGCCCAAAUCUAAAAAGGCAGCUCCGGCAGCUCUCGAGCGGGGCUCAAUCGGUGAGGGCGAAGAUGUGCUUUUACGCGAACAGAAAAAGCGCCACCGCGGCCAACCAGCACAACUACGGGGCCAGGGAAUCCUUUCAGCAGCCGAUGCCUUCGUCGAAGGGUUGAAAUAUCGUCCUCGCACACCCGCCACACGAGCCACUUAUGAUUUUAUUCUCACAAUUACCGGAAGCCAGCUGGGUGAUGUCCCCCACGAAGUCAUUCGAAGUGCUGCCGAUGCUGUAUUGGAACUACUGAAGGACGAAGAUAUGAAGGAUUUUGAUAAAAAGAAGGAGAUUGAUGAUCUUCUAGGAACCUCAAUGAACCCUAAAGAGUUCAACGAGCUUGUGAACCUAGGCAAAAAGAUUACAGAUUACGAUGCCCAGGACGAAGAGGAAGAGAUGGAAGGCGGCCUUGAUGAAGAAGGUGGCGAACUUGAUGAACGCCAGGGUGUCGCUGUCGUCUUCGACGAAGAUGAAGAUGACGAGCGCAUGGGAACCGUGGACGAAGUUCGAGACGAGGACGAGCUCACAGACGAAGAAGAAGAGGAUGAACAAGAACAACUCGCAACCGAAGAUGCUGCAGCAGCCCAAGACGAAGAUGGAGAUGAAAUGGUCAUCGAUGGAGGUUUUGGCCGAACUGAUAAAGCCGCAGAAAAGGCCGGAUUGAAGGUCUCCGCUCGUGAAAUCGAUGCUUACUGGCUGCAGCGUCAAAUCGGUGCUAUAUACACAGAUGCUCAUAUCCAGCAUGAAAAGACAGAUGAGGCACUUCAAAUCCUCGGCGGAAAGGAGGAAGAUGGAACAUUAAAACCUCUGCGCGAUGUUGAGAACGACCUCAUGGAACUCUUUGACUAUGACCAUCCCGAUCUUGUUGCUAAACUAGUCACCAACCGCGACAAGACUGUCUGGGUUACCCGCUGGAGAAGAGUCGCAGAGGAUCCCAAUGCGCGCAAUCUCCUGGAGAUUGAGAUGGUCGAAGCCGGUCAACGUGCUAUCCUCGAUGAAAUCCGUGGCAAAGAAGCUGGCCAGGGACUCGGAGCGCCGCCUGAAAAGAAGAUGAAGUUUGACUUGAUGGAUGUCGAUGUUCCUUCAGGCCCAACCGACCAGAAACCCGCGGAAGGUGGCGAGGGGCUCAACUAA